AUGGCAUUUGGCGAACGAGCAGAUGGACGAGGACGGACGCUCGUGCUCUGCUUUGACGGUACAGCGGACAAGUUUGAUGGAGACGGAUUAGAAUACGAAUAUCGUCAAGUUGUUCUCGCUUCUGGUGCGUCGCGUCUCGCGUCUCAUAGAAAAGAUGAUAGGAACCAACAAAUGGUGUACUAUCAGCCCGGCCUGGGAACCUAUGUCAGUCCAGGUGUAUGGGGAGGCGUCAUGUCGGCCAUCUCAAAGGCCGUCGACAUGGCUGUCGCUGUCUAUCUCGAAGCCCAUGACGAGGAAGGGGUCAAACAAGCGUCUGGAUUCAAACAGACCUUUUCGAGGACAGUCGAUAUCGAAUUCAUGGGUGCUUGGGACACCGUCUCAUCCGUCGGUUCCAUCAUUCCUCGCCAUCUCCCCUUUACAAGCUCGAAUCAUAUCAUCAAGACGUUUCGACAUGCCAUUUCCCUGGAUGAGUGCCGUAGCAAGUUUAAUGUGAACACUUGGCAGAAGCAAAUGGCAGAAGAGUCCCAGCCAUAUGACCAUACUCGUCGCAAAAAUACGUGGUAUGAACACGCUCGUCAGGACAGCGUAACGUAUGGGCGUGGCGAGACGGACGUCUUGGAGGUCUGGUUUGCUGGGACGCAUGCGGAUGUCGGAGGAGGUGAAUGCAAGGAUGAUCGUGUCCAUUCAUUGUCCAACAUUUCACUACGAUGGAUGCUUCGUGAGAUUGCUCGGUCUCAAUGCGGCAUUUUGUUUGAUGUUCCCCGUCUUCGAGGAAUGGGUAUUCCCCGCACUCUGUUCAGAAUCACCACUGCCUUUGAAUCGUUCAAGGCGCCGGAUGAAUACGAAUAUAAUUACUUCUGGGAGGCACCUCCGAUGUCCGCUGUUCGAUUUGUCGACGAACCAGGCACUUUUGAUGAUUCGGAGACGGCACCGCUCAUCCAGACUCCCAAACCUCUAUGGUCAUUGAACCAGACGGUUGCUAUGAAUCGUCGAUGGAGUGUUACCACGUCCAGUAGGAGCGCACCUGGUGUAUCUACACGGUCGACCACGCCACCAAGACCCGGCAUCCUGCGACGCUUCACCACGACGUUUUUCCCAGCGGUGCUGCGAGAGGUGGACGAACCAAAUGAACACACGUUUGAGGACCAUUACAAGAUGACAUGCGAAGAGCUGGACGAGGAAGAUGCGUUGGAGCCACUACACGACGAGAUGAUGCUGAACAAAUGGUGGCUCAUCUUGGAGUUGAUCCCAAUGAAGAGGGUAUGGCAAGAGCGGGGGAAAUGGCGCUCAACUUUUUGGCCGAAUCUUGGACGAGCUCGAAGGGUAGCGCCUCACCCACCUCCGAAUAUCCACCACACGGUUUUGCUGCGGAGAUCCAAGCUCGGAUAUGUGCCACGCGCGAGGAUUCCAGAGGUUUACAACGUGAUCGAGUGA